AUGCAGCUACCAAUGAAGUUUUUAAUAUAUACAUCUAGCAGCUUAAAUUGUACAAAACGAUAUCUGUCUACUCUGAAUUAUCAAAGCUCAAGUGUGAUUAAAAAUUCAGCAGAGGGACAAUUCUUCAAACAUAAGAAAUUGGACAGAAUAGCGCACAAGUUUGUCAAGAUUCCAAUCCAUUACCAAACACCCAAAGAACUAAAUGCUACGAUUGUCUCGGGAGGUAACGCUUUUUUGAAGAAUUCCAAUUUUUGGAGAAGAUGCGAAUCAGCCACUUUGCGACUUUUGAAUUGCUUCACUCCAUUUGACUUGGUACAUAUUUUGAAUGGAUUUGCCAAGGGAAAUCAUUUUUCGGACGUCCUGUUUAACAAAAUUGGUCAUAUAUUGACGAAAUCAAUUGAUGAUAUCAAAAUUGAGCACUUUCACGCAAUCCUACUAGCCUAUUCAACUGCCAAUAUUUAUAUACCCAACUUGAUCAAAGCAAUUGAACGCAGAGUGGCACUUGAAUAUUCACUAAUUACUCCAAGUUGUUUAUCUUUAUAUCUAACCACGACAGACAUAUUUAAUUAUACACUCAGCACACACACAAUCGAUGUUAUAUUACCAUAUUUAAGCCGUUAUUGUGGUUCGUUCCCCCCAGAGGACUUUUGCCGAGCAAUUUGUGGUGUUAUAAAGUACAUCAAAUCGUACCCUAAAGAAUGGGAAUCUUUGCAAGAGAAUUUACUCUCCAAUAUAUCCAAUUUUUCAAUCUGGCUUUACAUUGCACUUUGCAGGAAAUUAACUCAUCUGCCAUCACACAUGAUAUCUGACAAACUUGUAUGCAAGAUAAACGAAUUUGCAUUGGCGCAAGCUCCUCUAAUUGCACCGGCACAAAUACCAUCACUUCUAAAAUCAGUGUAUUACCUCGGCAAUUGUAAAAAAAUGGAAUCAUCUAUAGCCACAAUAAAAACGUUGUUGAACUAUUUGAUUAGGCAACACAAAGAGAUAGAUUGCUUUGGCAUACUAACUGCGUAUGCCAUAUCGCAAGUUUUGAAUGUGGACAAUCAUUAUCUAUCGCAAAUAAUGGACACAUUUGUCAAAGACAAGAUUGGUAUUGACAAAUACAAGUUGAUCAAGUUUCUAAAAGAUCUUCAAUACGACAAGAAAAUUGACACUUUAGUUUGCAAAUUUGUAUCAGACUCUGUGUUACCCGGAAUUAAAGCUAGGGAUGUAAAUUUAUUGAUUGAGUUGGCAUUGGUAUUCAAAGAGCAUAAAUUUGCUAGGGGAGUGGAAGAUAUAGCAAAAACAGCAUCGGAAUUGAGUGUUGACGGUCGUGAUGCCGUAGACUACUUACGCCUAACAGAUAUCGUUUCUAACAGUAGCAAUGCUGAUAUAUUCAAAGCUGUAACUGAUAAAUUCCACCCAAACACCUAUGCCCAGGCCAUAAUCCUGUACAAAGAAUCGGAGAGCUUUGCCAAGUGGCUAAAAGUAGCUUUGUCCCAAGGCAUAUCAUCUAUUGACAAAGAAAUUAUCCCAGCAAUGCUACAUUCGCUGGUGACUGGCAACACAAAUGUCGACGUUAAUGCCAAGGAAAUUGAGCAGGCCCUUGAUUACAUAUCCAGGCCAGAAAUCUUGGCCAAAGUGCCUCUUUUUGGACAAGAAACUUUGGUAAAGGUUGUAUACCAUAGGAAAUCACACACAAAUCUAAUCAAAGAUGUGUUUAGCAUAAUAUCCAGUAAACCGGACAUCGAAACGUACAUAAUAGCAAUUUCAUGCCUGCAAGCUGCAAUACACUUGGAUACUCCAAGAGAUGCCAUUAUUAGGUGGAUCAUUAAAUAUUGCACAUUGGCCAAGUCCCACUUACCAUUGGUGUUAAAACUUCUAAUCAGGUGUAAUAUACACCAAAAGGAUGGAUCUUACGACUUGACACCUAUAUGCAACGCGAUAGAUGUUGCCCUGGAACUCGAUAGUGACGUGGGUAGGAUUGAAAAACUUAAGCAACUUGCCAGGAAAUUAAAUACCCCAGAGCCAGUUGAAAUACCAGAACCAAUGUACGAAUAA